CUCUCCGUGCCACAGCUCUCCUGGCCCGGGAAUUUAUUCUCUUGGCCUCCUCUUGUCCCCUCCUCUUUUCCCCCCUCCCCCGGCUGGGAGGAAGUGUGCGUUGUGGAGUUGACACAACUCGGCUGUACUCGAUCCUGGAAACGGCAUCGGAGCGAGCAGCAAGCUGGCCAGAGCUAAAAUGACAUGAGCCAGUACUGCGCAGUCUGCAGGGGAACUGAAGAGACGGUUCCGGGCCAUGGCCAACGUGAAGGUGGCUGUCCGAGUGCGUCCCCCGAGCUCGCGGGAGAUUACUGAUGGGGGGAAGGUCAUCGUGGAGAUUGAUGAGAAGGUGGUGAGGAUUAAAAACAUGAAGCUUGAAGGGCGACUUGAUGGCCCAGCAGACUCAAGGGAGAAGGUGCUAGAAUAUGGUUUUGAUUACUGCUUCUGGUCUGUAGAUCCUGCUGCUCCCAACUACACUUCUCAAGAAGAGGUGUUCCAGGAUCUGGGCACGAUAGUGCUGUCAGGGGCGGCCAAAGGCUACAAUGUGUGCUUGUUUGCAUAUGGACAGACGGGUUCAGGGAAGACCUACACUAUGAUGGGGACACCGGCGUCUGUGGGACUGACUCCAAGGAUUUGUGAGGCACUGUUUUCAAGGUCCAGUGAUUUUUCUGAAGGCCAGAAUUCUUGCAGAAUAGAAGUCAGCUUUCUGGAGAUCUACAAUGAGAAAGUGCGUGACCUUCUGAGGAGUCCUGACAGGAAAAAACCCUUCACCCUUCGAGUUCGAGAGCAUCCUGAGAAGGGGCCCUACGUUCAAGGUCUGUCUCAGCAUUUAGUGUCAGAUUACAAGCAAACAGUAAAUCUCCUGGAGGAAGGGAUAGCAAACAGAAUGACGGCUGCCACCCACGUCCAUGAUGCCAGUAGCCGCUCUCAUGCCAUAUUCACCAUCCAGUACACUCAGGCCAUUCUGGAGAACAACCUUCCUUCUGAAAUUGUCAGCAAAAUCAACUUGGUGGACUUGGCAGGGAGCGAGCGAGCAGAUCCCAAUUACUGUAGAGACCGCCUAACGGAAGGCUCUAACAUCAACAAGUCUUUAGUCACCCUCGGCAUUGUUAUUUCUACCUUAGCCCAGAAUUCCCAGAUGUUUAGCAGCUGUCAAAGCAUCAACAGCAUGGCAAGUGAAGGUGAAAGCAGCAAUACGGGAAGCCAGUCAAGCUCACAGUCGGGGGGCAGCCGGCGCCACUGUUACGUGCCCUAUCGGGACUCCAUCCUUACCUGGCUGUUGAAGGACAGUCUGGGUGGCAAUUCUAAGACAGUCAUGGUAGCCACUAUCUCCCCAAGUGGUAGCAGUUACAGCGAGACGGUCAACACCUUGCGCUAUGCAGCCCAUGCACGUAAUAUUGUUAACAAGCCCCGAGUCAAUGAGGAUGCAAAUGUGAAACUGAUCCGAGAACUGCGAGAAGAAAUCGACCGGCUAAAGACCAUGCUGAUGAGCUUUGAACUGCGCAACUCCAGUCCCUCUCUCAGUGAAGACAGAGAUGGCCACUUUUCAGACAUUGUUAUGCAAAAUGAGCUGAAGAUUGAACAGCUGACCAAAGACUGGACGGACAAAUGGAAGGAUAAACAGGAGCUUAUGGAGGAGUAUCGAGUGGACAUCAACAGGGAGCGGGAAGGAGUUCUCAUCGAUUCUCGCUUGCCUCACUUGAUAGCUGUGGAUGGAGAUGUGCUGAGCACUGGGAUAGUUUUCUAUCACCUUAGGGAAGGAACAACCAGGAUUGGAUCCAGUAGUGACCAUGGGGAAACAAAUAUUGUUCUGCAGGGUUCCCAUAGUGACGAAGAUUAUUGUGAAAUUGUAAAUGAGUGUGGAGUUGUGAGCCUGAAGCCUUGCCAGAGAGGACACUGCACUGUAAAUGGCCGUGAAGUGACAGAACCAUGCCGGCUUGCUCAAGGAGCGGUGAUUGCUUUGGGGCAAAAGCACAAGUUCAGGUUUAAUCACCCUGCCGAAGCAGCCAUUUUACGUCAACGGAGAAGGGUCAGCGAAGGCUUCCUUUUGCGAAGUGGAUCUUGUGAGUGGCUUGAUAUCGAUGAAGAACUGAGCUCCUCACCUUCUUAUGAUGCGUGUCCGUCUCCACAGGCCAGCAGCGAGUUGAGUGUGGAAUGCUGGGAUCAUGAAAAGGAGCAGCCCCAUGUUGCUUUGUCUUUGAGCCCUGCCAGCCAGAGACUGGUUGACCAGCAGCACUAUGUAGAGGGCCUCAGGGAGGAGCUGCUGGCCUCACAGCACAGGGAGGAGCAAGAGCUGGAGCGGGAGCAAGCGCGCAUUCUUCAGCAGCACCGUGAAAUUGAGCAGUGGCUGCUUCAAGAGCAACAGCGUCUGAAAUUUUUAGAAAAGCAAAAAAGAGACCUUGCUGUGCAGACAGACCAGGACCUCCCAUCAGGAGCUGAGGUACAGAAUUCAGAAGAGAAGAGCAGCCUGAUGGAGGGCAGGAAGAGACUGGUCCAGCAGGAGUUACUCCGGCAGCAUGCUCUAAAAAGGGCAGAGAAGAGGAUCAGGAGAAAGAGGCUCUGUUUUCAACUGGAGAGGAUCGCAAAGAAACAGCAUCUGCUGGAGGCCAAGACGGAGUUACAGCAGCUGGAGGCUGCCUGCAUGCUUGCCAAGGAUACAUCUGGCUCCAUGGAGACCAUGAUGCCUAAAGGCUCUGUUCCUGCUCUCCAGAGGAGGCAUUCAUUCUCAUCAGACCUGCUGCGCCGGCUUUAUUCCCACCAUGCACCUGUUUACAGCCACUUGUUGAAACAGAAGAAGUCAUUUGAACCAUCUACCUCACAAGGCCACUGGAGAUCCCAGUUUCGACAGAAAAGUCUAUCUGAGGAAUGCCUUCUGGACAGGACUUCAAGUAAAACAGGCCAUGGCUGCAGCUGCGUUCACUGUGUGUCUGGAUGUAAGCUAACAUGCACUACAGGGAUAAAUCACAGUCUGUCUGUGCCCAAUUUUGCCACUUGUGUGCUUAAAGAUUUCCAAAGGAGGUCUCCCGGCUCCACAGCCAGAUCAAAUAUCAGACCAAAAAUCCACUCAUCAGCAGCUUUACAGUCACAACUUGGUACAAACAAAGAAAAGACAAAAUCCAAGAAAUCACCCAGUUUAGAAAAAGAAAAAGAUUCUAAAAAACACUCAAAAGGUUUUGAUCGGGUCAAAAAGCUGCUUGCCCGUUCUGUGCAGAUUAAAAAAACCCUUUCUGGGAUAUUCAAAAAAACGGGGAUUCCACGUGGACCAAUAAAGAGCUCAGGGACAGAAAUCUCUCAAGUCUUCCACAGCCUGAAAAGAAAACCCGACAAGGCUGAACUCUCCAAAAUAACUUCCUCAUUUGAAACCUUAGACCAGAUUGAGAAGCCUACAGAUGUUAGGAAAUGGCACAGUGCAGAGGUUUUGGGGAACAACGUUAAGCUGGUUGAAGUAAAGCAACAUCUGAAGGACUAUAAGGAAGAUCAGAUAGAUGAUAAUCAGACGUGCUCAGAUACGGAUAGCCAGUACUCCUUGGAUUCUUUAUCUUCUGCCUACACUAAAGCACUGACAAAAAAAUUAGAAGACGACGAGAGAUCUGAGCAGGAGCACAGUGCUUCUCAGAGCGAUGACAGCCAGAUUUCUCAGGAUUCCCUAGCCGAAAAUCACUGUAAUGAUUAUAAAGCAAAGAAUAGAAAACAUACAAGGCGAUCCAAAGCCGAUGUGCAAAGACUGAUACAAUAUGGGAAUAGUGACUCGCCCGAAGGCUGCUUGAUUAAAGCGGGACGAAGCAAUCUGAUGGGCAGGUUAGAUACUUGGAGAACCAAGAAGAUAAUGGAUUUGGGGCCAUUUAACAUUAACACAGCUACCGAUGAAAUGCCCACCGAGGUGUUCUGGCAGCAUCAUAGCCCAGUGCCCGAAAGCAUUGACACAUUAGUACAGCUCCACUCAGACAGCUGUGAAACACUGAGACUGACAAAAACAUUCCCUUUUCUGGAUGAAAAACAUCAGGAGCACAUUUCUUGGACUAAUGAGCCCAUUUUGUGUAACGAUUUACGUCUUGAGCAAAAAGGAAGCAGUCUACCUAUUGAAUCCAAAAGCUUCUUAAACAAACUACAAGAUAUAUGCACAAAUCAGGAACUUUCUGUGGAGAGUUUAAUGCAGAUACCCAGAAACCACAAUAUGGACGACCCUGUUAUACAGAGUUUGACAGGUCAUAGAACAACCUUGUUUUCUGAUCAAAUUUCUGUAAAUGGCCAGUCUACCAGUGAGCCACAAAAAGAUUCAUUUUCAGUGCUGGUUCUAGACUCUUUCAUCACAGAGUCAGUUUUGCAAAGCACUGCUACACCAAUCCAGCCUACUUUUAUAAGUGGCACAACUUUUAUAAGUGAAGACUCAACCAGUCUUGUUCAGAUGUGCCUUCCCGAGAACAAAUCAAAAUGUAAUGAAGCUCUGGUAAGAUUCAGUUCAGAAUUAGCUGAAGUUGUGUUGGCAAAUGUGUUUGCAUCUGGUGAUAGAAAGCCAGCUGCAGAAAUGCCUCAGUCCACUACUUCUCUCCAUUCAAAAGUAUGCUCACCUGAAAUUUUUAAUAAAUCUUGUAAACCUGAAACUGAACCAGGUUUAGAUGCCUGUCACUCUAACGAAGGUGAGAAUAUCUCAUGCUGCCCCAAAGAAAAUGCCUUCCUUGCAGCAGAUGUCUUGCAUCAGCACACAUCAGUCGUUGGAGUGAUGGAGGAUGGGAUUUUAGAAUCUCAAAAUGAAGCAGCAAUUGAGGACAUGCAUCUGCCACAUGUAAGAGUAAAGAUACAAGAGGACUGUGCAGACCAGGAAGCCUCUAACAAUGACUCCAGUGUGUGCUCAGUUCAAGAAUAUAUGGCUUCCAGUGAUCGAUUGCUCACCAUUCAGGAACCAAUUUCUCCAGCUGGAGAAUCUAAGGACCUUACCAUGAAGGAAACAGCCAGCAUGGAUUUAAGUCAGCCUACCUCACCAGACAAUAGCAGCAUUACGCAGUGCUAUAUAUCCGAUAGCAGCCACCCUAUUUCCAAUAGACUCCAUACAGAUCCAAAUCUACAAAUCCAAACUGCAAGUCAGCUGUUAGAGAGUGGAUACACCACAGAACCCCAGCCCCCUUCUGUGGAAGCCCCAAAUGUUGUAGCAGCUAUAGCCAUCUGUCAUUCUAAUUUUGAUGCUCUUAAUAAUGAAGUAGAUGAGGAUUUGUCCCAACAUUAUGAUGCAAACUUAAACCUUGACUCAAGAGGAACAGAGGAUCUAAAUGGCACAGUGAUAAAUUUGAGCAACAGUACUGUCCCAAGUUUCAUUUAUGCAGAAAAGACAGCAUUAAUUGGGGAUGCUGAAUUAGCAGGUCAUGAAGGAGAACCUGAGACUUUGAAUGUGAUGGAGACAUCAGUGAAAAGGCCAUCAACUGAUCAUAUGGCACCAGAUCUUGAAAACCAAAAAAUGAUUACUGUCCUGGUCACUUCUCUUGGUGAGAAUUAUGACGGUUAUGGAGUUGUUGCCUCAGCUGAUCUGUCUGGUAUGAUGGACAAGAACAAAGAAAAGAAUGUGUCCUUCAUGAAGCCACAGAUUAAAAUCUCAAGUUUUGAAUGCAAUGUUAAAUUGCAAGAGGAAAGUUGGAGCAGUCAUGAUAUCCAUGAAACUCUAAAACAGGGAGUAGGUGCGGUUGACCAUAAAUGUAUUACAUUUGCAGAUUCAGCUAUCUUCAAAAGCGGUAGUGGUACAAAAACAGAAGAACAGUCUAAUGAUAAUCCUAAUGACACAUAUUCCAAACAAAUGAACAAACUUGAAUGCAAUGACAUAUGUAUUAUUCAGAAAGCAGACUCCUCCAGAAGUAACGCAUUUGGUGAACAGAGUGUCAUAGGUUGCUCACUCACACACAGUAGUGCAAUUGAUGAGGAGCCAGGUGAAUCCAUCAGUAAACGGGAGACUGGUGAGCUGGAGCUUAAUGAGAAUUCUGGUACUGAGAGGUUUUGGAAGGGUAAGAGUGAAGCUGAAGUGGUUAAACAAAGAGACAACAAUUGUGUACUUCAGAAAGAAAGCUUGAUCACAGAACAGCCCUCUGCAAACUGUCAAGAACUGUUUAUACCAAAGUUAAAUUUGAUCACAUCUAACACUGAGGGCAUUACUGAACAGGAACUGGAAUUACAGAAUGUAACAUUUAAUGAUUCAGAGUUAAGUCUUCAUCACAUAAUAAAUACUGAUGUCAAUACUACUGUGGAACAUCAACCGGAAUUGGAUCGUACUCAACUUUUUGAUGAAAUUGGCAGAAAGCACAACAGUGAAACAGUGUAUUGUGUUGUUUUAGACUGUAAUGACAGUAUGCAAAAUGAUAAUCAGAAGACCUUGAACUCUUUAUCAAACCAAGAAGGUAGUAGUGAUGUAAAUGAAUUACUCCAUCCAAGUCAAGUUGCUGCUUUGAGACAAGGUCUGGAAGAGCUUACCAGGGUCAGUGGUGACAGGGAAAAUUUGCAUACAGAGUGUGAGUUGGAAGGUUUUCAGAGAAACUCAGUGUAUUGCAAAGAGACUAGUGGCAGCCAUUUUCCAGAAUCUCUGGAUACAGGUGAAAAUAGCAGAUGUUCAAUGCCUAAUAUGCGUGAUGGUGAAAUGUCCAAUGAGCAAAUUGACCUCAGUACAUUUCUGGAAACUGGAGAUAGUAAGAAUGGAAAGAGUGAUCAUCAGAUGAAAGUUUGUGACAUAGACAGAGUACAAGACCAGACUGUAUUACCUGCACUCAAUAUUCAAAGCCAAGAAUGGGAGUCAAAAACAGUUUCCCCUGGGAGAGCAAGACAUACAAAUCUUCCAAUGGUAGAAGAUAACAAUGAGCAAGAAGCGACAUCAUAUGCUCUUUUAACAAAUCCUGGUAUAACCUCAGAUGUUCAACCUGAUUCAGAGGAGCACAUCUGUAUUAAAUUAGGUGAUGGUAAUGAAUCUAACUAUGUUAGGAGGGACUUAAUUAAUGGUGCCUUUCACCAUCAUGAUUCAUCUUACUUUCAGUCUGAUACCUGGGAUCCACAAAAUGUGCAAAAGAACGAAAAGUCAUAUGAGGAGUACACUGCACCACUAAAUGAUUGUGUCUUACAGCCUCACCAGAAGGAAGAAGAGAAUCAUAAUCACCAUUUGUCGCCUCACCAGGAGGAAGAAGAAGAGAAUCACAAUCACCAUUUGUCAAACAGGCUGAAGUAUGUACAGAUCAGAAACACAUCCAGCUUUGAGUGUCAGAUUCCUAACACAUCUUGGGAAAUAAAUAGAGAAGAUUGUCCAACGGCUAAUGGGAAACUUGACAAACAUGUUACCUGUGAGUCAGCGUCAGAGGAUACAGACUGUGACUGCAUGGCCAGUGCCGUUGUAAAGCAUGGUGCUGAUUUAAUUAAAUUUCCUGUGCCAGAACACAAAAGAAAUCUUGAUCAUAUCAAUCAGAAAAAUGCUCCAGAGACUGUAAAACCUGAUUGUCUGUUUGGUUUAACAGUAACUGUAGAAAGCAGUUCACAAGCACAGUCUGAAAGCAGCCUAAGUGGUCAUGGCCCUGAAAUGGCUCACAGCAUGGACAGCAUAUGCCAAUCCAACACAAUUUCCACAGCCAAGGAUAAGGGUUGGUAUGAAGGGUUACUAUCACAGAGUCAAGAACAGAACAUGUUCAGUAGCAGUUUGUAUUCAAAUAUUAUAUCUAGGGGGAGCAUCCCUUCGGUUGUAACAGAGGGGAAUUAUCUGGAAAAUAUCUGUAAUUUUUCAGAAAAGCGAGAUGAUUAUCCAGUGUCAUCUGUUGAGGGAGUAAAUGACAAGAAUAUGUUGUUCAAACAAAGCUUACAAGAGAAAAUAACUGAGACCUGCUUAUCAGAGACUGACAGAAUUGUUCCAAGAACACAAAACUAUUUUGAUAUACGGAUGUCAAAUUCGCUUGAUCAUGUUUUUCAAGAGAUUGAAUGUAUUCUUCCAAAUAGUUUGCACGAACCACUUCCAUGUAUUCCAAAUCGAAGUGCAGAAGUUCAAGAUAUUUUGGCAGAAAUGGGACAAGGUAAUUGCCACCUUCCCAAAGAUGAAGCUGGCUGUUCUAUAGAUAAAGUUGUUGCACUACUGGAUAUGUCCUCCAAGGCAAACACAAUCUCACCUAAGUCUGAGGCAGACUCUGUAGGGGAUUUGCAAUAUGAUGAAAACAACUUACCAAUGGAUGAUCUUCCUAAACCACAUGCACAAACUGAAAGUGGAUGCCCAUCAUGUGGAGAAACCCUGGAAACUAACAAAAACUUAAUUGGAACAGUGUACAUGGAAGAGUCUGUUGACCAUGAGGCCACCCUGAACAAGUUUUUCAGUAUUCAAGAAUCUGCUAAUCAAGUUGUUCUAGAAGAGAAAUAUAAUGCUCAUAUACCUUUAAUUAAAAACUCAGAUAAGCUUCAAAGUCAAAUUAAUCCACAUUCUGAAAGUGCCUCUACAUCCCCCAAUGGCAAUUCCUUUGCUUCUCCCAAAUUUCCAAGUGACCUACUCCAACAUGAAGAACCACAAAUCACUUUAAGUCAAGAUCAACCCCAGUCUGAAAUAAAUCACCUUGUUACACUGGAGCCCAAAGCAGAGUCUGAUUAUAUGGAAACAUCUAUUGUCUGCCAUACAGCCAGUACUGAAAUGGUAAAUAUGAACAAGGAUACCACAGCAGCUCCAGCAUUCUCUCAUAAAAGCAGCUCAUUGGAAGAUCUGUGCUCCCUUUCAGGUAUUGAGUUGCACUUUAUUGAGUCUGAAAGGAGAAAGUACUCCAAAAGUGGCAAUCUGAGAAGCAUUCAGAAUGAUGGAAAGAGGAACAGCACAGCUGACGUGCAGAAGAAGAAACAGAGAUUUAGGCGAAUGAAGGUGCAUUCUCCAGAAUCUGGUGAUUUAUCCAGCUCAUCUUCUCAAGAUUCUAAAGACAGCUCCUCACAAGAAGGUGGUGAAAGCUAUACUUUGAGGAGUUCUUCUAUGAGACCAAGCAGGUCACGUGGACUGGGCUGGGUGGAAAAUGCCAGGAUACAGCCUUGCAGAACGGGGAAACAUUCAAAUUCAAAGUCUUUACCCUCAUGCCAUUUAGGUGGGACAUCAAUAGAGCUUGAUAGCACUGAUGAAGGAAUGACAUCUCCUUUGACUCCCAGUGAGGGAUUUGUAAGACAAUCCUUCAGGCAAGAAAGAGGUUGGCGCCACUUACAUGAUCAAAAGGAGUCACUUCAUUUUGGGUCUAGUGACAUUAAUCCUUAUACACAUGCAUGGCAGCAGGAAAAGACUAGCAAAACUAGCUGGAAGCAACAUAUUUUUGGAAGCGCCAGUGACAUAAUGUUCCAGCCACUUUCUCAAGACAAAUGCAAACAGAAAUGUUCAAGCGUGGACAAUGACUUAAAUGCUCAAAACUCCCCUUUGUACUCCCACUUGAGCUGUUAUGCAAGAGCUCUGUCAAGCACUUUAAGUAGUGUUGAGGACCUUCAGGGACAAGACUCCUUUAGUUUAGGAUAUAAAUAUAAUAAAUUGUUUAACCCCAAAUGCCAAGAUAGUGCCUAUUCAGAGAACAGGAUCUCACCAUACAAGAUAGAUUCUGAUCCCCUUGAUGGUCAUUCAGUUCAAGUUGAUGAAAUCAUGCUUUUGUACCCUUCUGAGCCUGAGUCAAGUGUAAAAUCUUCCUCUGAAGGUACCAAAAAAAUAACUUGUGAUCAGGGCACCCAGACACGGAUAGACAAUAGAAUGAGAAAAGCGAGUCGGCAUAGGCGCAGCAGCACCCAGGUUCCUGCGUCCAGGAAAGAAGAGGCCACUGAAUGUCCACAACCUGCUGCAUGGACUAGCCUGCAGAACAUAUCCAUCCAUCUCUCCCAGCUGCUUCACAACACAUCUGAUAUUCUGGGAAAUCUCCACAAUUUAAGAACUGUGGAUCCGCCACUCAACCACUUUAGUCCUAGCCUAUCUACAGUAAGUACCUGUAACUCCACAUAUAAUAGAAGUAGUAAGCGCGACAGCUAUACCCAGACUGUGGGACAUGUUGCCGUACAGACUGAUGAUAUACCCCUAAACACCAAAGUGAGCGAAUUUUUAUCAGCAGAUCUCUCAAAGAUGCCACAAGAAGUUAAUGUGAUAGUCAAAGUGGUUUCUCCCGAUCUCAUAGAUGUAACCCAUGAGAAUAAAGAUGUAGUACUGAAAGUGAAAGAAAGAGAUUGGGAACCGGGCGUUAAGAUGAAGAGCCUUACUGAUCUGAGCUAUUCAAACUCAAGUUCUUCACAGAAGUCGGUGGACAUGGCCUGUAAUAGCCUCAGUCAGGCAAACUUAGUUGGCCGAGGAUCCACAUCUCCUAUGCUGCUUUCUAGCACACUGGGUCAGUCUAGCUCUCCAAGCCCUCAGCUUCAGACCAGCUCUGUGAGUUGUCCACAGCUAUCUAUUAAGAAAUCACCAAAGUUGCAAGUAGAUCCUGAACACUACCCCAACUCUCCCAACAGGGAUAAUGUUGAUUCUGAACAAACCAGGAUGGUUGAUCGUGCCUCCUCUCCUAUUCUAACACUGGAAGCAGGAGUCAGUAGCCAUAGCAAGAAAAGCAAAUCCUCUGUAUGCCUGUUACUCCCAAAUACGAGUGAUGAUUCAUUUCAUGAGCAAAAGAAUUUUUUUUCUUCUUCCUGGCAUGGAGACAGAGAGAGAAAUGCAAUGUUAACAGAAUCAUACAGUAGUCUGUAUAAAAACAAGGACAUGCUUAAAUCCUCCAAAGGAGCAAACGUUGACAGAGGAGUGGGCAGAACCAUUGAAACAAAUGUGCGAGGUAGUCAGAGAUGGCGGUCUACUAAAAUUGAAAGUGAUUCACAAUUUGUUCAGACAUGCACUAUCCCAGAUGGAGUAGAAAAGCAUUUGCCUACAGGUGUAAGUCUCCCACAUUCUUUCAGGCAAACAACUUCAUCAUCCUAUAUGACACAUCAUCAAGGCCAUUCCAGUGCUUAUACUUCUCCAAAUGGAUGUGAUUCCUUUUCUCCUCUCACACCUUCAGAAAACAGUGAGAUGACCAUUCAGCUUCUGGAUGAUGAUGCAGUAUCUUUAGCUCCUAGUGAGUGCAACACGGAGGUCCUACUAAACAUAAAACCACUACAAGAUGAAAACUUGACCCAGCCUCAACAAAUACAUCUAAAGUGUAGGGUGCCCGAAGACCUACCGGUUCACAACAAGUUCAGCCACUGGUCAGGUGUUAACUAUCGGCCUCCAUCAAGUUUAUCUAGCUCCAGUGCUUUCCCUGUGUCAGAAUCUCUGACACACAAACUGAAGAAAUCAGGUCAAGAAGAGCUCAUGGGCAGUAGUUCAGAGCUAAGGACACUGAAUGAAGACAGAGUCAGAGUAAUAGAAGUUCUGCGACGGGAGAGGGCACAAGUUAUGGCAGCAGUGCAUCUGGAGAUGAAUCCACAUCAGCUGACUGUAGAGCUCACAGAAGCCAAACUGAACUACAGCCUUGGGGAGACAGAUGCUUUGCUGAAGGUACUCCACUCAGGAGAUGAAGUGCCUGUUGGACAGAUUAAACAGCAGCUUUAUGACAGGCACAUGAAAAAUAUUGAAGGAUUGCGAAAGGAGCGGGAAAUGAGGCUACAGCACUGUCGGAGAACACGCAGCUUGAGUCCAACCAAACAUUCAACACUGUCAACACAGGUGGCUCGUGAUGCUGAUAUGCCCAGCAGGCGUAGAGAAUACCUGCAGCAACUUCGUCAGGCUGUGGUUGACAGCACCAGGAUUCAAGAGCCCAAGAAGACACCACCACAGUGCCCAUCAGACAUUGAGCAACUUAUCCGGGAUUAUGGAAAGGCAAGAGAGGAGGCUAAAACAGAAAUUGCUCGUGCUCGAAACCGGUUAAGAGAGAGGACUGAACAGGAGAAGCGGCGUCUUGAACAGCAGACCCUCUCACAGCUGCUCAGGGAUGAGCUAAAGCUCAGGAACCAUAUGAGCAGCAGCACUCUGUGUACCGGCUCCAGCCUCAGCCUGUCUUCAAGUCCAACUUCAGGCUAUAACAGCAGCCACACCCUCGCCCCACCUGAUGGAAGUCGGCAUAGAGCCGAGCAGAGAUUCCUGGAUGACAAGCAGCCAAGUAUAGAGACAAGAGGUCGGUCACCAAUCAGAGGCACAGGGCACCAGAGACUCUCAGUGCAAGGUGAGUCACCCACCUUUGUACUCUAUAUUAAUCUCAAUGAGGUGCCUCCUAGAGGUCAGCUACCUCCCAAUGGAAACAUCAAAGCCAAUUCCUCAUCCUUUAUACCCCAGCUCUCUGGAUAUUCAGCAUAUCGGAAUAUAGCAUCUGAGACAAUUGCCAGUGUGACUGCUGAGGUUCUGGCAGCCUCAGGAGGAACUGUGGAGAACUUGCUGAAUGGGAAAUCUGCUGGUGGUUGGAAAUAUCAGUGUCAAGAGAAGGGAGUGCAGGUCUACUACAAGUCCUUCUCCAGUCCAACCAAACACGGAUUCCUAGGGAUGGGCUUGAUUGAGCAGCCUUUACACAGCCUAUGGUCUGUCGUGAGAGAUCUCUCCAAGACGAGUCUGUACGAGAAGGCUCUGAAAGCCGAGCAGGUGACCAUUGUGGAUACAGACAUACAGCUAGUGCACUUUGUGAUGAACACAUCAGUGUGCUACUUGAAACAGCUUAGGGAUUUCUGCUGUUUAAGCGUCGAGUCCAAGCAGGAACAGCAAUUGGUUUUGGCAUUGCGCUCAGUUUUUGAUGAAAGUCUGCCCCGCCCGACCACUGAGAUGGUGCGUGGAGAGCUUCUGCCCAGUGCGUGGGUCCUCCAGCCUGAUACUAAAGACAAUAAAGCUGUUACCAAAGUUUUCUACAUGAUUCAGGUGGACUUGGGUGCACCCGCACUCCCUCAACGGCUCUUAGGUUCGGUUGCGAAGCGGCAGGCCAUGGCUAUUUUGAACCUGUCAAAGGUCUUUAUUUGAUAAGACACAUCUACACAAGAUAGUAAUCUGCAGAUCCCCACUAAACAUUAAGUGAAGAAUUCUCAAGUUUCUGACAUCCACUGGAUUAGAUUCAGAGUUGCAUCUUUUCAAACAUGGGACCUUCAAAAGGGAGAUUCAUGAUUAGAGUGCUUAACCAGAACCACAAAGUCAUUUGGGUGGAAAUAUCUAGAAAACAAAAUGUUGCUUUACAACUGGUUUAAUCCUGGAUAUUGUAUUUUUAUUGAUUAACAGCUGAUUUAAAGUUGAACUCAAUCUGAAUGAGCCUUCUGAUAUUAAUAAUGGAAAACCAGCACUGAUAGCGACUGACCAGUGAAGCUAAGAAGCUGGCACUUUUGUGGAGCCUUUGAAGCCGCAGACAUGUUGAAACCAGAUGCAGUUAUCUAAAAUUGGAAGAAGAAUUAGUUGACAGGUGUCACUUUUUCCACUCUGAAUUUAUUUUAUUGAACUUAUUUCUGCAGUCUGCAGUACUUUUCCAGUAGCCGUCCUGUAGCAGAUGGUAUGCUUCAGACCUAAAGGAGAUUCAGGGCAGUUGGAAUUUCUAAAUGGUUUUGAUUUAAAUUGACUGAUCAUAAAGAUACCAAAAUCUUCUGCUUGGAUGACUGAACAUUUUUGAUUUAACUCUUUUAACAAUUUGCUAUCCAUGAAUGAAUAUCUGGAAUGGUGGUGGCAUAUUACAUUGCAAGGCUUGUUUUCAUUUUUUUUCUUCAGAAAUUGGCAAAAGGUUGGUCUCGGAAAAUACUAACAAAGAGAAAGCUAUGCUAAAUGACAGUGUCUCACCACAUCGGCAUGCAUUUUCAUAACAGAUCCGUCAGCAUGCCGUUAGCCAUCAACACUACAAGUAUCUGACGGACUACAUGAGCAAGAAGAGUAGGAGGUUC